GAUACGAUAGCACCUGCAGGUUUACAAGUAAAGGAUUUGGUUUGCAAUCAUUAACGAUUUACUCAGUAUAAUAAUUGUAUAUUGGGUUCCAUAGUUUAUGUAAACCAUUUGCAGACUAAUGCUAAUUUACUCACCACUUAAAUUUGCUCUUCCGCGACAGCAAGACAUCCGCAAUAUUUUGAACUUCCCGUCAAAAUCGUGUGAUUGGACCGCGAUUCAAAUGCGUCACUUCCGCAAACAACUUCCGUUUUGUUCACGUCGUUUUGGCUUGAAACUCUCGGUCCAAAUUGAUUCGACGAACCCCGACACUUGCAGAACAUGUUGAUCAUUCAGUUGUAAUGUUGGUGGUUAACCUAUUUUCUCGCAAAUUUCUGCAAUAGAUGGAAAUAACUGCAGGAGUGUCUUAGAUAGGGCACUAUAUAUGAUGGGAGCUGCACAACUACCAUCAGAGGUUUGGGUCCACGUGUUUGGAUUUCUGUCAACAGCCGACAAACUUAGCAUACGAUCGUGCUGCAAAUAUUUCAAGACAAUGGUUGACCAUUGGUCACUUUGGAAAGAAUACACAGUGUUCCUCAAAAAGCUGUGCGCGUACACCGCGGAGUUCUGGACAACUCUUCGCCUGAGGAAAAUUAGCUCAGUAAUUGUACAGAGGGCACAUUUGAAGGAAUGGAAACGGCUUGCCCUGUCCCUCCCUAAUCUCACCACAAUAGCGGUGGAAGGUUGUAUCGACGUGAAAGCUUUUGAAAUUCUCAAACAAUUUCAACACUUGAAGAGACUGUCAAUUCGCAGGUGUGGCUAUGGCCAUGAACUGGCUGAUAACAUUGUGCAUUUGCAGCAAGUGACUCAUUUCAGUUUGUGCGACAUGCAUUGUGCGCCAAGAACAGAGAUUAUUAAUGCGAUCUCGAAGCUCUCCCAUCUGACAUCUCUCUUUUAUCACGAAGGCAAUUGUCCUAUCCCAAGGCAGACAUUGCAUAUAAUGCUUAACCGCUUGCCACAUCUAAAGCAUCUGUCGUUGAAAAUGGGAACACAACAUGGCAGUCUUCCAGAUGAUUAUUUUAAUCUUUCUAAAACAAUACGUGGCUUUCAAGGAGAACGUCAAGAUGGGCAGCAGACAGGCUUGACCAGUCUGGAGCUCCUUGACUACAUGGACCCGACCUUACCUGAAGAGGCAUUGAAGUGCCUUCCUUCCCUGCGGAGCCUCUCUGUGGCUUACAGAGACAGAGACAUGCAGCCCAGCAGGUGCCACCUGAAAACAUGGUUAAGGGUUCUCCCUCAACUGGCAGAUCUCAACAUUGCAAAGGGCUACCUUGUUAGUGCUUAUGCCCAUUCCAUUCCGGACACAGUGACCAGUUUGACUCUGCGGCAGGUGAUGAUGCAGCCAAAGGAUCUGAAGGCUCUGGGGAAACGGGUUCCGGGCCUCUUGCAUCUGCACUUUGACCCCUGCAACUAUAAUGGUGGCAGCAGCGUUGGGGAGAUACCCCGACAUUUCCCCCAGCUCCGGACCUUUAAAAUGCGAUACUACGAUGUCCCGGACAGGGAGUUCUCCAACCUUGUGCAGUUGAAGUAUUUGGAGCGGUUGGAGAUCCUGGAUGCAAAGGAACCUAGUGUCCGCCUGACAGACCUGGUCCAGAAGCUGCAGGCCCUGACCAACUACAGAACCCAAAUCGUACAUUCGCAGAACCACAAAGAUCCCCUAGCCUGUCACUGUGCUCACUACUAACAAGACUUCUAAGAAGACGGUGGACUGGCAGAUGUUGUCAACAGCAUGGGGUGAACAUCUGAUGUGACACAAAAGUGCAUGCUCAUCAAAAGUACAAACGAUGUAUUCCGUCUGAAGUUGGUUCUUGUUUGCCACGUCAGCUUGGCUGUUACAAAGCAAAGUAAGGCGACGGACACAAUGAGGAUGUCAUUCCUCUGUCAGGAAUCAUUUGAAAGAGUAUUUUCAACCAGAAUACCUGUUUUCAAUUACCUUUGCUCAGUGGGAUGCUAUCUCUGUAUUUAACAAUGCAACAAGCAGUUAAUAUCAAAAGAACAGACAUGCCCCCCCC